AUGUCCGAUAGUGAGACUGAGCCAGAGUCUGACGUUCCUUCAUCACUUCCGAAAGCAUGCCCAUUGGACCACGCCGAUGAUUCCACCACUAGUACGCUGAGCGACAGUGUCGCUCAGCUAGUGAACACGCCCCAAACCCAUGUCUCAGAUCCAAUUAGCGCCGUGAAUUCAGCUGUCAAGAUAUUAGAGUCUUUGGAUUUCAGUCUUAUUCGCAAGGACGCGUCUUUGCAUGGAACCAUUCAGGAGUCAUCGACCUCACUCCUAGAGUUCUUGCACGUCGUGCUUACGACGAGUCCAACUUCCGCUCAUGAUGUGCGCCGCAUAAUGGAAUGCCUCGCUCACUUACGUAGUGCGACCGUCCUUCCUAAAUCUGUUGUUCCAGUACCGGCGUCUAUUCCACGCCUAGCCGUCCAGGAGCUCAAAAAAGUCGUAGUCGUUCCCAUCAUUAUAUCUUGGGUGGACGCUGUCCUUGCAAGAAUCAGUGAUGUGGUUUCAUGUGUUGCGAGCGCCAUGCAUGAUCGCUACUUUGACGAUGAGCUUCCUGAAAUUUUGAGGAAACGAAGAGAGGAAGAUAAUCUACGGGCUGCGACUCAGCUCCCAGAUAGGUGGGAUUCCGUCCCGUCGAUACUGACAUCUGAAAAGGCUUCACCUGCCGCAAAGCGCUUAGCCCUUCGUCUCUUGGUUUCGCGAUAUGUAUUGCAACCCCAGUUGGCUCUUCAUCCAAGGGUCAUCAAUGCUCCACUGGACGACAGUAUGGUAUCACUGCUUCCCUAUCUCACAGGCUUUAUGCAACACACUGUGGCGCAACUCUCAGAGUGCUCCCCGCUACACGCGCAACACCAAUCCGGGUUUCAGGAGCGCAUGAAUUGCGCAAUGCUGCUCUCACUGUUCUCUCUCCUGGACCUUACGACGAGUACAAGAGAUAGUACAGAAACAGACGUUCGGUUUCGACCUUACACGCUAGCGACAAUAAUGAGACUGCUACGUUUUGUCAUGCUUGUCGACAACACGUUCUCAGCGCAAACUGUUGUAUCGCCUUGCCAAGACCUCGAUGCCCCGCGGGUCGUUCUCAUUUUAUGGAGGCAUUUCGUACCUUGGACCUGGCGACUGCUCACGGAAUGUAACGGGUCUGAUUCGGAGACCAUCAUCUUUCUGACGACUACGUGGCUUCACUGCACUUUCGACUCGGACCCUCAAACUACCAUAUCUACGCUGGCGACCUUUACUGGCGACGAACACGGCAAAUAUAUGAUUUGUGCAUAUCUUGCCUACUUUUUCUCGGCUUUUAGUGUAUCUUUCUUCAGCUCCGCGUCCUCGAAAUCUCACCACAGCUCAAACGGAUGUUCUGCUGAAGACCUGCAGCUACUCGAGGAUAAGCCUGACAAGAAUCAUAUUCGCAGAGCGAAACAAUUUCUCGACUUUUUGACGAUCGCAUGUUUUUCAAAUGUCCAGAUUUCGGAUCAGAAGUUGAUAAUCGAGUUCCUCGAGGCCACGAUGGAAUAUUUGCGUCAUAAAUCCGCAGAAAUGCAACUGCAGAACUUGUCCACGAGUUUCCUCUCGUGUUUAACGGCAUUCCAACGUGGACAACCAGGAAUUAGGGUCUGUGAUGCUCCUUUGUUGUCGGAUAUCGAAAGUAUCUGGCAAGUUGCCAUGGAUAACACCGCUCCUGAAUUAGCCCUGGCUUCUGCAUUUGCUUUGCAUAUCAUCUUAUCUCGCCGACUGCCCGACUCACUUACCCAAGCAGAGGCCUGGGAUUUCCUACGAAAUGUUCUCCUGAUGAUCGGGUCACAAGAUUAUUUUGGAGACGAAAGCCCCCUUGCGCUUGUUGUCAAUCCGACAAUAUGUGAUGCUCUCUCACAGCUGCUGAGGCAUGCAGACGAACACACUGGUGCGCACCUACCUCAAUAUGCUGCCCCGAAAUCCUUUAUGGAUCAUUGCGACCCUUAG